UUUGUGCAGGGACAGGGGAGUCUGUCUUCCAAUUUCACACCUUGUGUGGCUGGGACUUUUCUCUCAUCUAAGCUCUUAGUUACAAGACUGAUCCCAUACAUCUCCUCCCAAAGGGUCAACUCAUGUGCUUAACAGGCCAGGCCUUCAUUCGCGGAGCUUGCAUGAAUUCUUGCCAAGUCAGCUCAAUGAAUGUUUGUCGUAUUUUAUGCAGCAUUCCUACAUGUUCACAGUGGGAAAUUUUCAGGUUAUCUCGCCUAUUGUAUUAUCCAACCAUUCAAGCCAAAGUCAUCUUCUAAUUUGAUAUUUGACUCACAGUUGCAGGAUAGGUGUCGUCCAGUCUCAGAGUCUGUGAAAUAUUCUCCAGUUGGAAAACCAGAAAUUCCUCCUUCAUUCCUUCCAAGUCAGGCUGCUCAAGAUCAAACUUUCACAGCAGAGAAAGGUGUCCGUCCAAAGACAAAAAAAAUAUGCAGAUUUCCCCUUCUUUCUGAAAAGUCAACGAGGCAAGCACCAAGAGGCACAAACAAAACCACGGAUCUGCCUUUGAAGUCUGAUCACAAGCUCAGGGUCUCUGCUCCUGUAGAAGAUGAGACAGCCUAUGACAUUCUGAGGAGAUGUUCUCAGUGUGGCAUCCUACUUCCUCUGCCAACCCUAAGUCAGCAUCAGGAGAAAUGCUUGUGGUUAGCUUCGUCAAAAGGAAAACAAGUGAGAAGUUCCAGCUAGAAUCGGAAAAGAAAAGAGAUCUUGGUUUGCCCAAGAGCCACAGAUAAACCAGGAGAAAAAAGGGUUCCAGCUCUUCUGCCUGAGAGUUCUGAUCAAGCAUCCAGGCCCCGCACUGCCUAGAUACUGGGGACCCAGCUUUGUCCCUGGAGAAUAAAGGGCCUUCCCUGAAAGCCUGUCCA